UGAAAAGGAAGAUGAUACAGAGGCUACGCAGAACACUGAUGAGAUUGAUAUAAUUGGUGAGAAAAAAUGAAGAAAGAAAUUUAAUAGAAAGGAGAACGUUUCUUUGUAUCCCAGAAGACAGAUAUAUAUAAACACAGCCAAGCUACUCAUCUUUAUUCUGGAUCAUCGGUUUUGGCCUCUCAACUCCAACAUUUUCAAUGGCACACCUUCUGCGAUAGAAGUCGGAUCUACCGAUGGAGACCAAUAUGUCCGACCCAGGGUAUGCCUCCUCCUCCUACCCCUCCCCCCCCCCCCCGGCACCCCCCCAGUGCGACUACACCGACUGGUCCCCGUCCUACUCCAUCAUCCCCUCCGUCUACCUACUGGCCUUCCUGGUGGGUUGCCUGGGCAACGGCCUGGUGCUCUGGGCAUACCUGAACCGGGCUGAGGGAAGGAAGGCCGGGCGGACCUCCAGAACCACCGGCGCCGCGACCGCCAUCAGCAGAGCGUUCCUCGGCAAAAUCUUCCUAAGCAGUCGAUACGACGUCCGCUCCGGUGGGGGUCUCCGUGGAGACCGCCUCGACGGGACCUUCGGCCGCUACACAGCCACACCCGGCGGCGGCGGCGGAGCCCCUCCUACGUCCUCCGUUCCGUCCCCCCCGCGGCCCCCCCGUUCGCUGACCGACUCCCUGAUCGCGAGCCUGGCCUUAGCCGACCUGUGCUUCCUGGUCACUCUGCCCCUGUGGGCGGCGUACACGGCGCUGGGCUACCACUGGCCGUUCGGACAGCCCCUCUGCCAGGUCAGCAGCUUCCUGACGGCGCUCAACAUGUACGCCAGCGUGUUCAGCCUCAGCAUGCUGAGCGUGGAGCGCUACUGGGUGCUGAUUGGGCGGCAGCACUCGGGCCACCACGCCCCCAACGGCCGCCCCGGCAGGACGCGCUGGGUGCUGGGGGGAGUGUGGGUGCUGGCCGGGGUUCUGGCGCUUCCCGGUUUCCUGCUGCGCUCCGUCAUAGAGGUGGAGCUGGGGGAGGACGCCGACGCCGACUACGACUACGACUGGACGCCGGGGCCCACGGAGCCGUCGGCGUUCCCCGGCGGUGACGUCCUGCUCUCCUGCCAGAUGGACUACUCCGUGCUGAUCGGCGACGACCUGUCGUACCCCGAGCGGGAGCGGGCCAAGCUGUGGUGGGCGGCCGCCCUGAGUCUGAAGUCCACCCUGAUCGGCUUCCUCCUGCCCCUCGUGGUCCUGCUGGCGUGCUACUGCUCGCUGGCCCACCUCCUGAGCCGCCACUUCGGCCGCGGGCCCCGGCCCGACCGCCGGCGGCAGCGGCGUCUCCUGCGGGUCAUCGUCAGCCUGGUGCUGGCCUUCUUCCUGUGCUGGCUGCCGCUGCACGUCAACAAGACGGCGGACCUGCUGCUGGAGCUGGGGCUGGUGCCGUACUCCUGCUCCCUGGACCAGGCCCUGCUCGCCGCCCAGCCCUACGUCACGUGCCUGGCCUACCUCAACAGCUGCCUCAACCCGCUGCUGUACGCCGCGUGCGACUCCUCCUUCCGGAGGAGGUGCAGGGAGGCCCUGCUCCUCCAGUGCCCGUCGCGGAGGACCAGGAAGAGGAGGAGUCAGAGGGGGUCUAAGGCGCGCGAGGAGGCGCCGGCCGAGGGAGGAGGAGGAGGAGGAGACGGGGAGGGGGAAGAUGAGAAGAGCUCCGCUUUUCCCACGAGAACUCAGGAGGAGACGGCGGAUGUCGGAAUGUACUGGAACCAAGUACUACAAUAG